AAGUGUCGUGUGUUUUUGACUGGGGGUGAAGUUAGCUGUCAGAUGACUGGUUGUACCUCUGACCGGAGUCGUAAUAUUGCUUUUCCUGCUACAUGUAGCUCCGUCGAACCGAGGCUCAGCCGCCAGGGUUCGGGGAGGUGUUAUGGUUGUCUGAGACGGAGGUUCGGUCCACCCGCAGGCCAUGGCGGCAGACAUUCAGCCGCAGGCUAGGAAGCCAUGCCUGCUGAGCAAAAUCGAGGGUUUCCAGGAGAUAGUGAGCUCGGCGGUGAUCAUUCCGAAGGAGGAUGGCGUUAUCAGCCUGUCUGAGGACAGAACAAUUCGAGUCUGGCUGAAGCGAGACGGCGGUCAGUACUGGCCCAGUGUUUUCCACACCAUGCCCUCGUCGUGUUCCUGCAUGUCCUUUAACCCAGAGACCAGGAGGCUGUCUGUGGGCAUGGACUCUGGGAGUAUCUGUGAGUUCGUUCUGUCUGAGGACUACAACAAGAUGAGUCCGGCUCUCACGUACCAGGCCCAUCAGGGCCGAGUGACGGUGGUGCUGUUUGUGUUGGAGAUGGAGUGGCUCCUGAGCACCGGGCAGGACAAAAACUUCACCUGGCACUGCUCAGAGAGCGGCCAGCAGCUGGGGUCGUACCGCACCGCGGCCUGGGUCUCUGGUCUGCAAUUUGACGUCGAGACCAGACAUGCUUUUGUAGGGGACCAGUCUGGUCAGGUGACCAUUCUGAAGUUGGAGCAGGACAGCUGCAGCCUGGUCACCACCUUCAAAGGACACACAGGUAAUGUGACGGCGCUGUGUUGGGAUCCGGUCCAGAGGGUGCUGUUCUCCGGCAGCUUGGACCACUCCAUCAUCAUGUGGGACAUCGGAGGACGCAAAGGCACCGCCAUCGAGCUGCAGGGACACAAUGACAAAGUCCAGGGGUUGUGUUACGCCUCACACACCCGCCAGCUCAUCUCCUGUAGCUCAGAUGGAAGCAUCGUCAUCUGGAACAUGGAUGUAACUCGGCAAGAGACGCCUGAGUGGCUGGACAGCGACUCCUGUCAGAAAUGUGAGCAGCCAUUUUUCUGGAACUUCAAACAGAUGUGGGACAGUAAGAAGAUCGGCCUUCGACAGCACCACUGCAGGAAGUGCGGCCAGGCCGUGUGCGGCAAGUGUUCGUCCAGACGUUCCACCAUCCCCCUCAUGGGCUUUGAGUUUGAGGUGCGCGUGUGUGACAGCUGCCACGAGUCCAUCACCGACGAGGACCGCGCGCCUACGGCCACCUUCCACGACAGCAAGCACAACAUCGUUUACAUGCACUAUGAGCCCACCACUGGAAACCUGCUGACCUCCGGCUCUGACAAGGUCAUCAAGCUGUGGGACAUGACCCCUGUGGUGUCCUGAGUCUUCACGGACGCUCUGGAAAACUGCGAUGGCUUUAUGGCACCUUGAGGAGCGAGAGAGGGACGCUCUGCAGCAGCGUCGGUGUCAUCUGGAUAAUAUUUAACAGUUAUUUAACAAACGGUGGCUGGUGGACACUGUGAAGCCUGAGAACUGAGAUUCUUUAGGAGACUUAAUGGCGUUUUGACUUGUUGACACACAUUACUGACCUAAUUUUCAUGCAUUCUUUUCUGGUUUAUCACUGGAAACUCACAAAUCAUUAACUAAACUUGGUCAUUUUUCAGAUAUGAAGCUCUGAUCAGCCAAACUGGACGCUAACCGAGUAAAUGUCAGUCAGGCUGCACAGAAGUGCAGUUCAGGCCUGCUAUUGUUGGGAGUAAGCGUCGCCUUCUGUAGGCCGAAGUUUUGUUUUACGCUUAAUCACUUGUUGGAACAAAAGUCAACAAAUAUUCACUUUUUGUUGUUUUGUAAAUUUAGCAUUUGUUAAUCAAAAGGCAUUUGAAUAGAAAAUAUUACUAAAUAUUUUAUUUAUGCGACUCCAGGACUGUUCAGUAACUUUCCUAAUUCACCUAAUUUCUUUUUAUUAUUGAGCUUUUUCUAAAUUCGGAGACAAACUGUCUCAUUUCCUUUAGGUUGACGUUUCUACGGGAGUGGUGUACACCAGGGUCAUAUCAGGUGACCUGACAUCAACAAACGUUAAAGAGAUCUAAGAUGCUAAAGUCUGAAUAAACACGUCGUAUCUAGAACAUUCUCACCUUUGAGAUCCUGGGACGUUCCCACAGAGAACGCUACAAAAGAACGUUUUUUAUUUACUUACCAAAAAUCUUUUACUUUCUUUAAGUAUUUUUCUUCCAUUUUGAAGUGUUUCUCUGUAAUACUUAUAAUAAUUACAAUUUUUCACUUCUGAAAAGCCUCAGCUUGAAGAAAUAGCAAUUAAGGUAAACAGGAUCAUGACCUUGCAUUUCCUUUGCUCACAUACUUUGAAUGACCUCCAGUGUGAGUUGCUGCAGUCUAAAACCAUUUUUAAUUUGGCUUUAACACAAAUCCACUUAGCUGCACACAUGCUAGCCUUUAGCUCACAGUUCCUGUGGGAUUGAAACGCUAUUUCUCGUAACCAAGGCUGUUUAGGAAGCCAUUUACAAGGAGUAAUUAUUGAAAUGUUUACACAGAAAAACACUUUAAAAUGUUCUUUAGGGUCAAAGACUCCCACUUUGAUUUGGCAUUUCUGCAUUCUGAUGGUGCUGUUAGCUAAUUCAGCAGCAGAUUUAUUUUUACUAAAGGUUGUAGGCUCCAAUUCCUUCAGAUCUGUUAAAUGUAGACUAACAGAAAUUCUGUUCUGGAGAAUUAACUCCAAAGUGAAUAUAAAGUAGAUCCAGCCUCUUAAUGCACAGGAAGCAACGAUCAAAUGAUCAGCUUUACUACGGUCCGUGAACUCACCAUUACGCAGCAGUUUAAUAACAGAUCUUACACGAGGAGGCUUUUACUUUCCAAGCAUGAUUUUCAAGUUGAUCAGAAGUUUUCUUUUUAUGCUCCAAUUUUAAUUUGAGAACUAGGGUAUGGACCCUAAACAAGAAUCAGUGCAUCUCUAAGCUAGUUUCUGUCUGAUUUCAUGUUCAAGUGCAGCUAUGAGGUUAACGGUUUGAACUAGAGCUCGUGUGUGUGUGUGUGUGUGUGUGUGUAUGUGUGUGUGUGUGUGUGUGUGUGUGUGUGUGUGUGUGUGUGUGUGUGAAAGAAUCGGGCUGCUCGCGGUUAUUUAAAACAUCUGUAAACUGAGGGGCAGCUUAUUCUGGUUAUUUAUUCUACUCCAUGUGGUUCUGUCAUUUCUCACGUGUAACAUGUCAGAAUGAAUCCAUCUCCUAGGGAAAGAGGAGAACAAACAGGGUUUGAAUUGUUAGUUUUUUUUUAUCUUAAUGUUGAUUGUUGGCUUUAACGUUGAUGCACUGGAAUCAAAAUCAAAAAUCACACAAAUCAUCUUAUUUUUUCCUCCCUGCGGCCACAUCUGAGCUUUAAUGAUUAAGAAUCUUUUUUGGGAUUAAAAUGAAGUUGGAUUAUGAAUAAUAUCAGUUUUUCUGACCUGUGCAUAAAUGACCCUGCUAAUUUAUAGUUUAAUAUAGAUGAGCAUGAGACGUGCAACUGUGUGUGUGUGUGUGUGGGAGAAACCGGGAUGAGAUAAUUUUAUGACCAGUAAAGAGAGAUGGUCAUUUUUCUGUUUGAGUGUCCAUGAAUAUCAUCUUGUACAUAAAUAACUGAUUAAAAGAGGUUUCUCCGAGCAUCA